UUCCCCGACAAUUUAUUUCCAUGGAUAUCGCUCCCGUAUAUAACUCCCCAACCCUCCUUCCUUUUUUAUCCUAACACACCACCCCUUUCUUACCUUUUCCCUUCCCGUUUCCACGCAUUUCCAUCCCUUUCCUUUUCCUCCCCCUCUUCAAUCUCUCAUUGUUUUUCUUUCUCUCCAAGGAUUUCCCAAAAAUUUUCCAACAGAAAUGCCGGCAACCGAGUACCCAGGCUCCUUCUUGGGGCGAAUCAGCAUCAGGCGGAACCAAGUCAUCGCCAUGGAUGGUAACCACGAGCAGGAGCUUGAAGACCUAGAGCUCUUCCAAAAGCACGUUUCUGAUCGCUUCACCGAACUCUUAUCUCCUCCGGAUGACGCCCCUGUUGAGGCUCCUCUGUCAAUUUCCUGGCUUCGCAAACUCCUCGACGUGUUUCUUUGCUGUGAAGCCGAAUUCAAGGCUAUUCUUUUGAUGGGCCGUGACCCGUCUCAGAUCUCCAAACCGCCUCUCGAUCGCUUGAUUCCUGAACUUCUUGACCGGGCCGUGAAGGCUUUGGACGUUUGUAAUGCGGUUACCAACGGGGUUGAUUCCGUUAGACAUUGUCAGAGACUGGCGGAGAUUGCCGUUUCGGCUUUGGACCAAAAACCAAUCGGGGACGGACAAGCGAGAAGAGCUAGAAAGGCCUUGAAUUCGCUGAUGUCAGCAAUGAACCUUGACGAGAAAGAAGGCGGCAGUACUAAAACGACGGAGAGGAGCUGGUCGUUUGGUCGCCGAGGUGGUAAUAAAGAUCGAGCCCCGGGGCAAUUCAGGUCACUUUCUUGGCAGGUGGCCACGAAUUGGUCAGCCGCGAAACAGAUUCAGGCCAUGACUACCAAUCUCGUUGCGCCACGUGGAGGUGAGGCUUCCGGUUUGGCUUCCCCGGUUUAUAUAAUGAGUGUGGUUAUGGUUUUUGUUAUGUGGGCAUUGGUGGCUGCGAUACCUUGUCAAGAGAGGAGCGGUUUGGCUACGCAUUUUCCGGUUCCGAAGCAAUUGAGCUGGGCCCAUAGCAUGAUUGGGUUGCAGGAGAAGAUUGGUGAUGAGUGGAAGAAGAAGGAGAAGAAAGGGAUGGCCGGGUUGUUAGAGGAGAUGCAGAAAAUGGAGAAACUCGGUCAGAGUUUGAUAGAGUUUACGGAUUCAUUUCAGUUUCCUGGAGAGACAGAGAAAUUGGAGGAAGCGGCUGCACAGGUUGCGGAAUUAGCGGAGACUUGUCGGAGAAUGGAGGAAGGAUUGGUGCCUUUGCAGAUGCAGAUUAGGGAAGUGUUUCAUAGGAUUGUAAGAAGCAGAACUGAGUUUCUUGAUGUGUUGGACCAAGGUGGGAAAUCAUCGGCGCCACUCGUGUAACUAUGUUUGUGCAUUUCUGUCAGUUGGUCUGACAGGCACUUGAAGUUUACAAAAUUUUGAAGGUAAUGGUUUGAUCUUCCUAGGUUCAGUUUUCUUCAUGGAUGUCCCCGUCUAUUUUGGCCCAUGAAGAUGGAGACAGAUGAACCUGCAAGAUAUGGGGUUUUUUCUUUUAAUUUUAUUUACCAGAGUCUUCAGCCACUGAGGUUUUGGUGAAGCAAGCAUUUCCUGUGUGAAAUGCAUCCCUGUUUCCUUCUAGUUUUGGCCUUUUGUUUAAUAUGUUAACUUUUAUUUGAUUUGAGUACAGAAGCUUUUCUUUUCAGGAAAAUGUAAAUACUCAAACUACUAGUAUAACAUUUUGUAUUUGAAGGAGGAAGUGAGAGUUUCUCACUUUGCAGAAAGUAAAUGUAUGCCGUACGCUCUUCUUGCCCUA